AUGGUAUCCCUACCCGAUGUCCAAUUCUCAAACACCCAGAUCGCCAAGCUCCCAGACCUAGUUGCUGUCUUCAUAGGCGCAACGAACGGAAUCGGCGAAGCAACCCUCAAAGAAUUCGCCCGCUCAGCCAAACGUCCUCGCACAUACUUCGUGGGCCGGUCCCAAGAAGCCGCGAUCCGCAUUACAGCCGAAUGCCGACAGAUCAAUCCGGACGGCGAAUAUACCUUCAUCCAAGCAGAUUUGAGUCUCAUCCGAAACGUUGACGAUGUAUGUCGGGAGAUCCAAAGAAGAGAGAAGAGGAUCAAUCUUCUUUUCCUUAGUUGCGGGAGCAUCAAGUCUGGGUCUGAUACAUCGGAGGGUCUUAAUAUCAUGCUUGCAACACAGUAUUACGCACGCAUCCGGUUCGCUAUGAACUUGCUGCCGCAGAUUCAAGCUGCGAGUGGUCUCCGGCGUGUUAUUAGUGUGCUGGCGGGUGGACACGAAGGACCAAUUCACGAGGAUGAUUUCCAAGCCAGGAAAAUGAAUAUCUUGAGUCUGCGUGGACAUGUUGUUUCGAUGACCGAUAUGGCAUUUGAGAAUCUGGCGGCGCAAGCGCCGGAGGUCAGCUUUAUUAAUGACUAUCCUGGUACGGUGAAGACGGGUCUUCAUCGUGAAGCGGAGGGAUUUCUGAUGACGCUCAUGGUAUGGGUUUUGGCGAUUAUUGGGCCUUUUCUCUAUAUUCCUAUUAAGGAGUCUGGAGAAAGACACUUGUUCUUUGCGACGAGUGCUCAGUAUCCGGCGCGUUUAGGUGAAGAUGGCGUUGGGGUUCCCUUGGUGGAUGGGCUUGAGGUUGCCAAUGGGCUUGAUGGGAAGGCUGGGAGUGGUGUUUAUAGUAUUCAUUGGUCUGGAACUCAUUCUGGUGAGAAGGUUGUCAGGUUGGUGGAAUCGCUGAGGGGACAGGGAAUGGUUGAGAAGGUAUGGGAGCAUACUGUUGGCGAGUUUAAGAGGAUUACGGAUAUGAGGAGACACCGGGAAGACUGA